AUGAGGGUUGAUAUUCUGUUUAUUUGGAACCCAAGUACCAGAAUAUCGACUACUUUUGUCGCACCGCCUUCAUGGAGGUGUAAGAAGGUGUAUGGUUUUGCAUACGACAAGGCUACCAAUGAUUACAAAGUAGUCGCGGUAUCUAUCAAUGAAAAGAAAUCAGUGAAGAUAUAUUCGUUAAAAACUGGAAACUGGAAGCAUAUUGGUGAUUUUCCUCAGGGUUAUCUGCUGAACGUGUCUGGUGUCUUUUUAAAUGGAUAUCUUCAUUGGAUGGCUACUCAUAGAGGAGCUACCAGGUUAAACUAUCCAUGUACGAUUGUUUCUUUGAAUUUAGCUAAUGAGACAUAUGGUGAAGUUUCGCAACCCGUGUACGAUGAAGAUGACAAGGUUUUGACACUGGGGGCUUUGGGAGAAUGGUUAUGCGUGUUUUGUAAUUAUCGGUUAGUAACUCGUGCAGAUAUAUCGGUGAUGAAAGUUUACGGCGUGCAAGACUCUUGGACUAAAUUGGUUUCCGUCUCGUAUCCAUUUAAUUUUGAUUCUCCUCAUUAUCUGUCUUUCUUUAUCUCGAAUGACGGGACAAUUUUAUUGCAAUCGAGAUGGGAUUUGGUUGUGUGUUAUUCCAAUCAUGGUUCAUCUUCUAAAAUCAAAUAUUUUGAUAGAUGUGAUUAUGCGACUACCUUUGUUGAGAGUUUGGUAUCAUCCUAUGUAACAUCCUAA